GCCGCCCCUUCGUCUCCCCCUCCGCCUCCUCUACUCUCCCCUUCAAAGAAGACGCCAAGGGUUGGGUCGAUCUGCUGGCCGGGAGGAAGGGAAGGGAGGGAGAGAUCGUAUCGGUCGAGCCUGUGGGCCAAAACCUAGUCGUCGCCGGCAAGAGGAACCAGAGGCGCAGUAGAGCAGGGACAGGUCAUCCGCGUCGGCAUGGCGCUUCGCCUCGGCGUCGCCGUGCUCGCGACCGUCGUGGCGGCGGUGGCCUUGCUCCCGGCGCCGGCGGCCGCGGGGGGCACCGACCUCGACGCGCUGGUGGUGGCGGCGUCGUCGGCGUCGGGGCGGCGGAGGCUGAUGGCGUCCUGCGACGGCGCCAUCGGGGAGUGCGACGUGGACGACGAGGAGGACGUGGAGGAGCUGGCGCUGCUGGGGGCCGGCGCCAGCGCCGGCGAGGCAAUGCGGCGGUCGCUGGCGGCCCGGCGGCCGACGAACCGGUACGUGAGCUACGCGGCGCUGGACGCGAACAAGGUGCCGUGCAACAAGAGGGGCCAGUCCUACUACCAGAACUGCGCGUCGCAGAAGCCCGCCAACCCCUACCGCCGCGGCUGCUCCGCCAUCACCCGGUGCGCUCGCACCAUGAACUGAUCAUCCCUCCCGCCGCCGCCGCCAUCACCGGUACGGCGACUGCUCGAAGCGCGCGUGAUCGAUCUGAGCAGCUAGCUGCUGCUGAUUCUGUGUCUUGCGUGUAUAUAUCCUGAUCUCUCACAGCUCGAUCGAUCCGUACCAGCCAUGUACGUAGCAUGCAUUAUUAUUCAUCAUCAAAUUAAAUUGUGUUUUCAAAUGUUGGAAAAUGAUCGAGGGAAUGCGCGCACGUCUUGAUCAAUAUCAAUUCAUGUUCCUCA